GUACGUUCCACCUUCUUCCUCCUCCUUCCAGAAUUAGUAAACCCCAAGCGGCAGAGUGAGUGCCAAGUGAAGUUCGAGGCUGGCUGGCUGGCUCGCAUGGAAGCGAAAUCCUCGUGAGCACUCCAGACACUGCAACGCAAUAUCCGCUACUAUUACCUACGCACCACACCACACCCCAACCCCCCUAUAUAUAUACACGAUUCUACAGUGAAUAACAGAGAGAGAAAUAGAGGAGAGAGAUAGAAAGAGAGAGUACCUUUGCAGGAAAUGAUGUGGGAGCCUGGAGGAUCAGCAGCAGCGUCAUCACCUGCAGAAGGAGGAAGCGGUGGCGGUGGCAUUGGCGGUGGAGGUGGAGGAAGCGGUGGCGGUGGCAUUGGCGGUGGAGGUGGAGCAGGAGCGGCGGGAAGGAGGAAGCCGUCCUGGAGAGAGAGGGAGAACAACAGGAGGAGAGAGCGUCGCCGGAGAGCGGUUGCCGCGAAGAUUUACUCCGGAUUGAGAACACAGGGGAAUUACAAUCUCCCCAAGCACUGCGACAAUAAUGAGGUCCUCAAAGCCCUCUGCGCUGAAGCCGGUUGGAUCGUCGAGCCGGACGGCACUACUUAUCGCAAGGAUUCCCAGCCAAGCCCCAUGGAAAUUGGGGGAACUUCAGCCAACAUAACACCAAGUUCUUCAAAGAAUCCGAGCCCUCCAUCUUCCUACUUUGCAACUCCCAUUCCUUCCUAUCAGCCAAGUCCAUCUUCCUCCUCCUUCCCCAGCCCCAACCGCCAUGAUCAUCAUCCCAACAAUCCUUCUUCCCACCACUUUGCUUUCCUUUUCAAUGGCGUCCCUUCAUCGGCUCUCCCGCCUCUCCGAAUCUCAAACAGCGCCCCUGUCACUCCGCCAAUGUCAUCCCCAGAUAGAGUCCUUAAACAGGUCUUCAAUCUGGAGGCGCUUGCCAAGGAAUCCAUGUCUGUUUUGAACCUCCCUUUCAUGGCUGCUUCUGCUCCGGCGAGCCCCAUCCGCAAUCAUCGCUUCACGCCGGCGACUAUACCUGAAUGUGAUGAGUCAGACUCAUCCACCGUUGAUUCUUGCAGGUGGCUGAACUUCCAAGUCCAUGCCAUGAAUGCUGCUGCUGCUGCUGCCAAUGCCAAUGCUGUCCCGGCUUCGCCGACGUUUAAUCUGAUGACACAGGUAAAGCCUUCUUCUCCCAAAGAUGUGGUGAUGGUUGAUAAAGGGAAAAGUGUCGAUUCUGGAUUCGAAAAUGCGGCGGUGAAGGCAUGGGAAGGGGAGAUGAUCCAUGAGGUUGGAGGUGAUGAUCUUGAGCUCACCCUCGGCAAUGGCAGCACCCGCGAUCAUCGUCGUUGAAGCUCGAGGCCUCCAUAGAUGAUGAUGAUACAUUAUUAGCUCCAAUGUAUGUACCAAACUAGUAGAGAAGAGAUGAAAAACUUGGGCCUGUUACAUAAAGUAUAUCAGAACCUCCUGUUAUUAUUAAUUUAUUAAUUGUUGUCUUGGUUGGUUUCUUUCA